UAGUUUACUCACUCGAUGUGAGGAGUUUCUCUUGGCUAGGUUGCUACAUAAAACAGCUUUAAAUCAAAAGGAGGCCACCAGCGCUUUAUCAAAGGUGUUUUAUUAGCUGUUGAGACUGGCCUCCAUGUCUCACAGCACGUACAAUAAACUCUGGGCUGAUGCCCACUUUGAGCUGAAUAGCCUACUAAUUCAGGAGCUCCCUGUCCAACCAGCACGUCCGGAGAAGGACAGAGUGGUCUUCUACCAACGUCUGGCUACUCUGUAUGUGCGUUAUGUUCAGAUUUUUAGACACAUUGAAGAGGCCUAUGACCAGAUCACACACCCUCAGAAAAAACGGGUGAUACGCCAAGUCCUUGAUGGUGUAAUGGGUCGGGUGGUGGAACUCAAAAAUGAGAUGGUGGAGAAAGAGUUUUCUGAAUAUCACUACAUGGAUGAUAUCAUUCAAGAUUUAAAACUGACACCUGAAGCCAUUGAGAUUCCCAUUCCAAAAUAUUUCAUAGGUGAACAGAAAAAAGUGCUGCAGGACAGAGCUAAAAUGCUCUCCGGCAUCCUGGACUUAAUGGGAGUGGUGGACAACCCUAAACCCAUUAGAGACCAGACACUGAGCCUUGAGGAGGCUAUUAGGGUGGUCCAGGUUGCCGAGAGGGCCAGGCAGGGCCGACUGCGUGCCAAGUUCAUGAGGGAGAUCCAGCGAGAUGAGGAGCGGCAGAGGAGGGCCAAGGACCGGAACCUGGGCGCAGACGCCAUCGCCAUGGCGGUUAUCCGAAUUCAGAAGGUGUGGAAAGGUUUUGUGCAAAGGAAGAAAACCAAGAGGGAACGUGAAGAGGAGAUGAUAUUUUUGGGCAUGGUCAUGAGCCCGGAGACAAGCCAUCCAUGUAGCUACGCUGCUGCGGUGCACGGCAACGAGGCUCGGAGGCGGCAGAAGAAGAGCGAGCAUGAGGAGGACUACCUCAAAGCCAUCACCACCAUCACAGACAAGAUCCGAGACCUGGAGGGCCCCGACAUCAAGGAGACCAUGAAAGACCAGAUUCGCCAGUGGUUCAUUGAAUGCCAUGAUGCAACAGGCUCCUUUCCUGACUACCCAGACGAGGAAGAUGGAGGCUCGUCUCUUAUUUUCGCUGAGAAAACUCCACAGCAGUUAAUGGAGGAGCUGGCGGCAAAGGAGGAAGAGGAUGCCAACAAGAAGCCCAAGGGAAAGGAGGAAAAGAAGGAUAAAGGGAAGAAAGACAAGGGAAAAGGCGCAGAAGAGGAGGAAGAGCCGGGUUUGAGGAUGCUGCCGUCGGCUUUUCUGGAAGACCUUGAAGCUGGACAGAAAACUUAUAAUGAGGUGUGGCAGAAUCGGGACGAGUCCAAAAAUUUCAGCCAGAGGCACGAGGUGGAGCUCAUCAAGGAGGAGAAGAGGAAGGAGGUGGAGGCGGAGAUUCGACUCCAGGUGGAUGAGCUGAUGAGACAGGAGCUGGCUAAUUGGAAGUUGGCUGUGGACAAAGACAAGGGUGGCAAGGCCAAGGGAAAUGCCAAGAAAAAGAAAGGGGCCAAAAGUGCCAAGAAGAAAAAGAAAGACAAGGACUUGACAGCAGAUAGGACUAUGGAGUCCUUGUUUCAGGAGCUUGUGCAGCAGGGGCUCCUGAAGAAGGCAGAUGAUGUCAAACUUAAGAACUAUUUAGGAGACUAUAGUUACUUGGGAACAACACUAAGGCACUCAGACAUCGAGCCCAUGCCAUCUUUGUCAGAUGUGCGUCAGCUUAUGGCCCUCUAUGGGAUACUACCGCUGGGCUCUCAGAUAGUGCAUGAGAAGGCCCCCCUGAUCAAGGCCAUGCUUCUUGCAGGACCUCCAGGUGUGGGCAAGAAGAUGUUGGUGCAUGCAAUUUGCCAAGAGACUGGUGCCAACCUGUUUGACCUUUCACCUUUUAACCUGGUGGGGAAAUACCCAGGCAAGAGUGGCCUGCAGAUGAUGCUUCACAUGGUGUUUAAGGUGGCACGAGCCUUGCAGCCCUCAGUUGUAUGGAUAGGAGACGCUGAAAAGAUGUUUUAUAAGAAAGUUCCUAAGGAGGAAAAAGAGUUAGAUCCUAAGCGUUUGAAGAAGGACUUGCCAAAGAUCCUGAAAACCAUCAAAGGAGAAGAUCGAGUCCUCAUCAUUGGGACAACUCGAGAGCCAUUCAACGCAGAUAUAAAAGCCCUCAGUAAGGUCUACAGCAAGAUCAUCCUCAUUCCACGUCCAGACUAUGCAUCCAGAUAUAUGAUAUGGCGACAGCUCAUUGAGAGCCACGGUGGCCAGGUGACCAGUGCCCUGGACUUCAGCUCGCUGGCGAAGAUCUCUGACGGGUACACGCAAGGUCACAUGAUGCAGGUGGUGCGUAGCAUUCUGACGGAGCGGCGCAUCCAGCAGCAGGCCAAGAGGCCCCUGACCGCCGCAGAGUUCAUCACCCCGCUUGCCAAGAUCGACCCCGUGUUCCAGGAUGAGGAGGAGGCUCUAAAAGCUUGGUAUGCGAAGACUCCCCUGGGUAAGAAGCGAGCCAAGGCGGCCUCUGGAAAAGAGGGGGAGGAGGAGGCGCCAGCCAAGGGAGGCAAAGAUGCCAAGAAGAAGAAAUAACUCAAUCCACACCUUCACAACACCAGCUCAGAGCGCUGUGGAUAUCCACGAGAGAGUGAGAGAAAAUAAAAACACUUGUAAUAUUUUUUUUUUGCGGAA